AACGGCGGUGGGAUAUAAUAAUUGUGGGAUGGUGGGAUCUGGUGGGAUCACGUAGAGCGUUCAUAAAUCAGUGUUUAUUUUUAGUGAGCGCACGUCCCGAAGAAUUCAAGAGUAUUUGUAAAUAUACGCUGUUCUUUGGCGUAUAAGAUUUAUUUAUUAUACAACAAUCGGUUCGACAACAGAAGGAUUCUUCUGUUCCACUAUUGUGAAAUGUCAAUGUAAUUUGUCCAAGUAAUAAUCGUAUUAACAAUAUAAGUAAGAGUCGUGUUGAAGAGAGCCGAAUAACUCCUAAAGGAAGAAGAUAAAUUUGUGUGUAGCAACAUAGCCACAGCUGAGCGAUUGCCUUCUGUCUUCUUUCUCUUAGAUAUAAUCGCGUCCCACGGUGCGCCUCGUUACGUUUAUAUAUCUUUUUUAUACAAUCAUCCCAAUAUGCACGUCGCAUGCAAAUGCCUAAACGUGUCAAUCAAGUCGAGGGGCAACGAACUGCAAAGGGUUAAAAUUGAAGAUUACGAACUGACCGCUACCGAACUCGCUGAUCCCUUCUUCCGAGAGAAUGUUGCGACUGUUGGAGAAUUGGAGGGUAUUACAAAGGAAUUACCUGGUUUGGUAGAAGUUCGAAAUAUUGGAGCCUGGGCUAUUCACCGAUGUAUCAAUUGUUUAAUGAAUACUCACGCAGUCCACAGAGAACGGGGUGCAGCACUAGUUUUGAUAAAUACGAAUGUCCUUAAAAGUGCUGAUGAAAUAGCUAGACUAACAGCGAGCCCUAGCUUCAGUUCUAUAUUUAGGAUAAUGAUUGACAAUAAUAACAUAGACACCGUAGAUUUUCUGCAACCACCUAAUAAGUUUUCAGUGUCGCAGCUUCCAAGUAAUCUACAAUCAGCUCUUGGCGGUUUGCAACAACAGCUCGAAACAGCUGUACAGAGGGAAGUUGCUGCAACUGAAGAGAGAGUUCGAGCUUUUUCUGCCGAACAGUAUCAACUUUUAGAGCAGUACAGAGAACGUGCCCAUACGGAGCAUAGGUUGCUUGUUGGCCUAAUUUGCAACCAAAAAGAAACAGAGAAACCUGCGACUAUGGAAAUAUCUCGUGCCACUUCUGACACUAUCCAACCAAAUAUAGCUCAACCAAUGUCUAAUGCAUUGAAUACUAGACCUCACACAGUGGCAAGUGAUACAAAAAUCAUCGGUGGACCUAACAUCAGACACCAGGCAGCUACAAAACACCCUGCCAACCUUCACCUAAGGAGUGGAAUUGACAAGAAAGCAUCGUUGAGACUGUAUUCCAAGGAACCCAGUAGUUACGACGCUGAGGCACUGUUUACAUUAGAAGGCAUGGAUGACUCAUUACCCUCAGAACAAGCUCAACAAUCUGAAGAAGAGUCUGACACUGAUGAUUCCGGCCAUGACGAAGGUAUUCAUAUUCCGCGAGGACAGAGAGGCGGCCAUCCAACCCUUGCUAAAUCCUUGCCAGUCAGUGUUCCUGUAUUUCCCUCCUUCACCCGCCAAAUUCAGCAUGAUCAAGGAGAUGAUCAGCUAUCGAGGGAUCCACACGAUCCGCAUAAUAUUCGUGCAUCAAUGAAGGCUCUGGCAAAGAGUGUUCAUGGAGAUACAGUCUUUGGUGAUUUGCCACGUCCACGAUUUUCUACUCAGAUCUAACCUGGUACUUGUACAAAGAUGUACUGUAUUCUAAUCACAAUUAUUGUUUAACCAUAAAAUUGUUGAAGAAUUUCAGCCACAACUGAAAAUGAGUCGAGAAAUUAAAGAUAAAAAGGUCGAGUGAAUAGUUUUGAGAUAUUUUCGCAUGUUUUGUAGUGAAUGACAAAUUUCGUUUUAUUCAAGAAUUUUGUUUUCUACAGAUUAGGUGUAUAAAUGAAGAAAAACAAAGUAGAGAUUAUUGUGCGUGUGUGUGUGUGUGGAUAUAUAUUCACUUAACAAAAAUAGUAAAAGAAAUACUCAAAAUUAAAUUAUAAAGCAGAAAAAUGUAUACACCUGUGUAUAUACUAUGUAUGUACGCAUGUAUAAAAAUUGAAGUUGUAUACUUACGUUUGGAGAAUAGGUAACAGGCCAUUGGAACUGAUUAAACUUUUAAGAAUGGCAUAUCGAAAAGUGAUUAGGACUGUCGAUUAAGUUUCCUAAACACGAUCAAGUCGCUUUCACUUAGAAUUCCAUACAUCUUGCAUAAAUAUACUUAUAAUCAUAGGUAGGUAUGAGUUGAGUACCAUACAUGACUUGUAGAUUAAUAAGGCAAUCUUGAACUGUUAAUUUUCCUUGUAAAGCCUUACGAGUUCGAAUUGAAGGUUUUUUUUUUGCCAUUCUUGUCCCUGCUUACCAAUUUGCAAAGUCGAUGCAGAGUCUAAUCAGCGUGUGCAUAUGCAUUGCAUGACAAAGCUUGCUUAUUCAGAUAAUGCCACGUGUGAUUUUCAUAUUUUUCUUAUUGUUCUAUUGUUAUCAUCAUAUUUCUAUUGUAAUUAAUUGUAAACAAGGUCAUACCUUUUCACGCGAUAUUUGAUAAAUGAUCAUACUCUAAGAGUAUACCUGCGGUGUUAAUAUGGCCUUGCAGAGAAUUCUAAUAUUACAUUGACUAAUUUCUUACACGUAAAUUGUUGUUAGUAACCAAGUGGAUACAUUAUCAAUACUAUCAUAAAUGCGAUCUGUAGUCUUGCACGGACGUGCAGCAGUUUAAAUGUAAAACUAUCUAUAUCAGUUCAGGAUUCUAUUCUGUACAUGUUUCAAUUACAUUUUUUGGAAUGAUACCAACAUGCAUACACGCGUACAUACAGAAAUAAGUACAGAUAUACUCACCCUUCCACUUAUGGAUUUAAUUUUUUAUCUAUUACAAUGACUGUGACUGGGGGCUGGCUCAUCCUGUAAUUUUAUCCUCUGUGACAAAAGUGACAAACUGCUAGAGUGAGUUUGGAUUUUUCAAUCCGAGAAUAAAGUUUCGAAAUACAUUGUUCUGGAAUAUAAUAUGACUGACACUUGGUUAUGAGAAUACCAAGGAUAAAAAGAGAGCUUGAAUGGUGUGCUGCAGUAAUCAUUAUAAAAUUGAAUACCGAUCGCAAUUUUGUGUAUAGACCCCAGAGAAUGUCAUUCAUUUUGUAAACUACUCAAUCAUGAAUGUUAUCAUUUCUCUUUUUCUACUCGACUCUAAGUUAUUGUUUUUCAGUGAUGUUCUCGAUAUUACUAAAUACAUUUUGUUUUCGGACACUUUCAAAUUUCUUUGUAUUACAAGUACUCGAUCUAGUUUUUCAAUAUAUAUAUAUAUAUAUCUUUUUAAAAUUAAAAAUCAAU